GGUGUGAUAGACUGUGGUGAUUAUUGGACGAUACAACACUUUGUCCUCGUGAAAUAAUUACAUGUGAGAACUAUUUUUGGAUUAUAAUUUGUGUUGAGAGGCUGGCAGUUUUCUUUGAUUGUUGCAAAAUUACUCUGGAGGGAUAUUAUAAAAAAUGCCGUUGUUUAAACCAAAGAGCUCUUCUUCUCACUCAUCCUCCUUGCUGGACAAAAUGAAUAACGGAGCUCUCCAUCGCGAGGGUCACGACACCGUGAGCAACAGUAGUUCACAGAUGAACAGUACCAAUGGCAAUGGUAAACGGGACAGGUACAGUCCCCAGAAUCGUGUACCCGAUACUCAGACUGAAGAGAGUAAAACGCAACCUGUGUUUCGAUGUCAAUUGGCUCACGGCAGUUCAACGGGCUUGAUUUCUGGCUUCAGUAACGUUCGUGAAUUAUAUCAGAGGAUCGCCGAAUGCCACGAUUUACCUACCAGUGAGAUAUUGUUUUGCACAUUAAAUACACACAAAGUCGAGAUGUCGGAACUGCUUGGGGGACAAAUUGGCCUCGAGGAUUUUAUAUUUGCUCAUCGAAAAGGAAGACCAAAAGAAAUAGAAUUAAUAAAGACCGAAGAUGCUCUGGGACUCACGAUAACCGACAAUGGUGCUGGUUACGCCUUCAUAAAAAGGAUAAAGGAAGGAUCAGUGAUCGAUAAAAUAAAAAUAAUCCAGGUGGGUGAUCACAUAGAGAAAAUCAACGAAGAGAAUCUAGUAGGAAGACGACAUUUCGAAGUGGCAAAGAUGCUGAAGGAAAUUCCAAAGGGUGCAAUGUUCACUCUGAGGCUGAUUGAGCCCCAAAAGAGUGGCUUUGGAAGCAUUGGGCCACGAUCUGACCCCAGGAAAGGAAAGAAGCCCGGGUACGGGACUGGUAAAGAGACCUUGAGAUUCAAAGCCGAUGGAAGUGCACAUAUUCAACCUGUCGAUGAUGCAGCGACGGUUGGGGUUGAGAAAAUCAAUGACAUCCUUGAGACUUUCAUGGGAAUAAACGACAAUGAGUUAGCAACACGUAUAUGGGAAUUGGCGGAGGGAAAAACAAACAGCAUGGAUUUCGCUGAAGCCAUUGAUGAUUCUGAUCUCGAGGCCUUCGGAUUCACCGACGACUUCGUCAUUGAACUUUGGGGGGCAAUAACAGACGCAAGAAGUGGCCGCCUUCGAUGAAAUCGAGAGACAUGUAAUCUAUUUUAUAAACAUUUGAAAUUAUACGAUUUCUAGUAUUUACUGGGUAGAAACUACUGCCAUCGAUGAAAGUAUUUUGUUGGCCUCGUCUUCAAUGAGAAUGACUAUAUUGUAUUUUUUUAAUUUUUUAAAUAAGUCAAAGUAUAUGUAAUGAGAUUACAUUGACAUUUGGAUCAGUUGUACUUAAUUAUUAAGAUUGUUAAUUAUAGAAUUUAUUCAUUUUGAGAUGAGACGUUUUAAUUAGUGGAUGCUAAAUAAGUUUUAAUCAAUGUUGAAUAAAAUCGACCUCAAAUUUCGGAAAAUUUAA